CAGGAGAAGAGGAGGAAAGGCGAAAGCGAGAGGGAGAAGCCCGUCCUAGCGGCCGCCGAAGAGCCGCCGGCCUCGAUCGACAACCCCUCUCUUGACGCGCGCGUCGAACAGAGACGCGAUGCCGCGCAGAAACAUGCCUACCCCGAGUGCUCUUCGCUUCGCGGCGCUGGUGCUGCUACUUUUGGUCGUCGCUUGUUGCUGCGUCCGUGGAUCGGAAUACCCUGCUCUCAGGCGAAGCCGACAGUUCGGUGGAACUCAAAACCAUGGUUCAUCACGCACCACCACUGGAAGGAAAUACGAAGUCGAAGAUGGACGGAGAAAUUGCGUGUCCCGAUGUCCCGGCGAGUCAGAGUCGCCCGUGUCUGAACUCGCAGCGCAUGAAACUCGUGGCAGUGUCGCUCCGUCAGCGCGUCCGAUGCAGCUGCCGCAACCGCAACCACAGCGACAGCGGCCGCAGCAACAGCGCCAGCAGCGUGGUCACUCUCGCGGUGGUUCCUUUCUGGGCGCAGUCGGUUCGCCGGCGGUCGUCUCCUCGCGCAUGUCGGCGUGUCCCGUGGAAGCGCAGGACAACAAGGGCGUCGUCGAGAGCCCGAACUUCCCGGACACGUACCCGCCCAACACGGACUGCUUCUCGGUGCUGCGCGUCAAGCCCGGGGACGUGGUGGCGCUCAAGUUCGAGACGCUCUUCAUGGAGAGGAACCCGCGCUGCUCGUCGGACUACGUGGAAAUCUUCGACGGCCCCACCUUCGACAGCCCGUCACUCGGUCGCUUCUGCCGGGAGAACCAAAAAAGCUCAUUGGAGCUGCGCUCUACGGGCAACUCCAUGUCAGUGCAUUUCCACUCGGACGACAUAGUCAACCUCCAGGGUUUCCGAGCCAGGUACCACGGCUACAACGAGCUCGAGGAACAGCACGCCGAGCCCAGCAACUGCCGGGUGUGGACAGAGGACUCCCGCGGCUUCAUCAGCAGCCCCAACUACCCGGACGCGUACCCGCCAAACUCUUCCUGCCGUGUGCCGCUGGAUGCCGGACCACAGAACAUAAUCACACUGUACUUUGUCGACAUACAACUGGACCCGUACAAAGACUGCCCUUACGACAAGAUAGAGGUCCGGGACGGUUCAAAUGAAGACGCGUACCUGCUGGGCCGCUUUUGUGGAGCCCAGGGCGAGCCAGAGGCGGUAUCUUCAACUGGCCGAGAGAUGUUCCUAUUCUUCAACAGUGAUUCGUACCUGAGUGGUCGCGGAUUUAAGGCUGAGUUCCGCGUCCACAAGAAGCCUCUUGGUCCUAAGGAUCAGACGGGCAAGAGCCGAGGCUUCGACGAAGAGGAUCUUCUGGACGUUCGCCAAUCGCCGCGAGAUGCCUCCCUGCGCUACCGAGAGUCGCACAUUUUUCGCUGCGUUCCGGCGCACCCGCAGUACACCUCAACUACCUGGUUCAAAGAGGAAGAGCAACUGCGCAUCUUCAGUCAGGACCCAAACCUCGAGGGCCUGCUCCUUGUGGGCAACAACACGCUAUGGGUCCGAGAGAUGGACGUGUCCCUGCGCGGCAACUAUACCUGUCGCGUGUCCAGCGGCUCGGCAGUGCGUGACCUCCACUUCAAGAUCAGCUACGCUGGACCGGCCAUCGUCAAACCACCCUGCGAAAUCGUGCAACGCAAGGUGCCCCAGGACACGAGCUUCACCCGGGGCGAGACGGUGAUCCUGCCGUGCGAGACGAGCGGCGCGCACGUGGCCACCCACUGGACGCGCAACGGGGCCCAGCUUCGCACCGGAGUGGACCGCGUGACCAUCCUGCCCAUCGGCUUCCUGACCAUCAACGACUCGCGGCCAGAGGACAGUGGCGUGUACGCGUGCGUAGCCACCGACGUGGCCAAGAACUGCUCGCGCUCCUUCUCCGCCGCCGUGGCCGUCCUGCCCAAGUCACGCCUGCAAGAAGUGUGCGGCCGCGUGGACUUGGACAAGGCGAACGCGCCCGCCGAGAGGAUCUCCGGUGGCCACGAUGCGCCCAAGGGAGCCCAUCCCUGGCAGGCUCUUCUGCGGUACCGCAGCGGUGACGCCUUCUGCAGUGGCAGCUUGGUGAGCGAGCGGUACGUGCUGACGGCGGCCCACUGCGUCGAGAAUCUGCGCACGAGAACAGCCCAGAUUGAGGUGGCUCUGGGGAAACUGUACGUCGACCAGGAGGAGAAAGAGGAGCUGGUCACGGACGUUCGAGACAUCCGCAUACAUCCGAACUACCGCUUGGUCACCGUCGACAGUGACAUUGCCCUGGUCGAGCUAGCUGAGCACGUCCCCUUCAGCACGCUCGUCUCACCCGUGUGCCUAGGCGAGGCGGACCAGAUCGAGAAGGAUUUCUUUCUGCGCUCCAAGCAGAAGGCAUUGGUGUCCGGCUGGGGCCGCACCAUGAACAACAAGCGCGCGUCCAGCCGCCUGCAGGAAGUCGAGGUGCCCAUUCACGCGCCAGACACCUGCCGACGGUCCACAAACUUUACGGUGACCGAGAACAUGUUGUGUGCGGGCGCAACCACGGGCGGCGUUGCCCGAGACGCCUGCGACGGAGACAGUGGUGGGCCCCUGGUGGCAGAGCGCGGAGGCCGCUGGUACCUUCUCGGCAUCGUCAGCUGGGGCGACAGCGUACUGUGCGGCACCAAGGGCAGCUACGGAUUCUACACCAAAGUGAACCGCUUUCACCAAUGGGUCAAGAGCAUCAUCAGCUGAGAUGUUCUCCGCAAGGUCACUCCUUAGGGUGACGCAACCAGAUUCUUCGACUAUACGUGAAGUCAAGCCCUGAAAGUGUGCGGGACGAAUUGAACUUCUCAGGACAGAGGGGAACGGCCUCCACAAACGAGAAGAAAGUACACACAAACACGUGCACAUAAACUGUUCGACACCGUAUGAUCAUAUGGAACGCUGGGCCUGACAUCAGGUAAUAUGGUGACGUAGGCGUGUGGUGAUUACUCAGGCGUGAAACGGCUAAAACUAAGAUGAAGAUCGCAAGGUGAGGGCUGGGGGGGGGGGGGGGGGGUUCUCUACAAAAUAAUGCGUACACAAGCACACAACAGUACACACACGAGUGCCACUUAGACAUACUCCUAAUGUCUACCUGCACACAAAUAUCAAUAUGUGUUGUCAUAUUGAAUGCUACAUGGCGCGGCAGCUUGACGAACUGUGAUUGACAAGUGUGCUACUUCCUCAGGCGGUCCGAUGGGUUGAAGCACGCUGUCAUUUGUGUUGAACGCGGGUGUCGUUGGACAGGUAUCCAACGUUACAAAAGCUAGUCCUAAUAAAGGGAAACCUGGCGCUCUAGUGAAGGGAAUGAGAGCUCCAGGGGCCAUCCAAUUAGGUCGUAAUUCCAACAACAAAAAUUGAGUAGGCACCAGCACCAUCCUCUCCGUAAUGGCCCCUGAGACUAAUUUCUGGCAAACUUCAGAGGCGCUUACAAAUCUAGCGCUAAUUCUUAACCACUUGGUCGCCAUUUCAUACCUCCAGUGUAACCCCCUGCAGAAGUCCACGACAUAAUAAUAUUCUUCUGCUGAUUACUUUCAUCACAUGAAUUAAAAUUUUUCGAAGCCUCUAAGGAACGUCCUUUCAGCUGUAAAUUCAGAGAUUCGUUUCUUUCCUUCAUGUUCAAUAAUUUUAAUUAUUGUUCAAGUGAAUUCUGGACAUGAAGGUGUUUAAUAGCUUUAGUAGUGAAUUUGGACCAAUUUGUUCCACGCCAACGUCUACGAACCGUCAUGUUUUGCUUGGAUUGAUCGGCAAGCAUUCCGGGUAGCUUAGUGGGGCAAUGAUAGAACCGGUGCUCCCAGCGAAAUAUUUUACCUAAUACGACUGCACCAGAUUCCGUGAAGUCCUUCUUACACGGAGCUGACAGUUUCGUUCAUCAACUACGUAACGACAGGAGUGAAAUCUUUCUCAAGCAGCCCUGAAAGUGUUCCACAUUCUAGUCUUGGGCACGCAGCAAUACUCUAACUGCCUUUCAAAAUUUCCAAUCGUAGGCAAAUAGGUCCAGUUUUUUGUACUGCCUCUUUAGGUCUUGCCUUGAGAACUGUCACUAGCUCAAUUUUGUUUGCGCGAAUUGCAACUGUGGUGCAUCGAGGGCUGAGAAUGCAUGCACUGAUUGGCUUGGGAACAGUUUUUGAUGGGUCUCCAACUGUGCGAGUUGUGCUGUACAACUAACAAUAAACUAUUGGCAGCCCUCAGAAUGAGUCAUUGCCUGAGCCAUAUUCCUCUUUGCUUUUCAUGUGUGUUUGUAGAUGUCAGUGCUCUUACUACUCUCUUUCGCGUGUGUGCGGUGUGCACCCUCAGCUAAACUGUUGUGUCUAAUAGUGUGUUCAUUUCUUCAUGUCUGAAACAAUUCAAUAAAGCUGUAUUACAAGCCUGA